GGGGGUUGACCCGGCAGUGACGUGAACGGGGCUGGUUGUGAUGGUGGAUGGUGAUGUGUGUGAGGUCUGUUGUUUUGGAAUAGACAUCGCUGUUUGUUGGAACUUGGGGUAGGAUGGCAAGUGCGGGCCCAGCUACCUCCACUUCUGCGGAGAAUUCUGGCCCUGGAGGAGCCAGUGGGAGCAGUAAUGGAGAGGGAAGCAGCCAAGACAGCACAUUUGAGUGUAACAUCUGCCUGGACACAGCCAAGGAUGCAGUGAUAAGCUUGUGUGGCCACCUCUUCUGCUGGCCGUGCUUACAUCAGUGGUUGGAAACGCGGCCUAACCGCCAAGUUUGUCCUGUGUGUAAAGCUGGAAUCAGCCGUGAUAAAGUCAUCCCUUUGUAUGGAAGAGGAAGUACAGGGCAAGAAGACCCUCGUGAGAAAACGCCCCCACGUCCUCAAGGGCAGAGACCGGAGCCAGAGAACAGGGGGGGUUUUCAAGGAUUUGGAUUUGGCGAUGGUGGAUUCCAGAUGUCUUUUGGAAUAGGAGCAUUUCCCUUUGGAAUGUUUGCCACGGCAUUCAACAUUAAUGACGGUCGUCCUCCACCAGCAGUCCCUGGAACACCUCAGUACGUCGAUGAGCAAUUCCUGUCACGGCUAUUCCUUUUCGUUGCCUUGGUCAUAAUGUUUUGGCUUCUGAUCGCUUGAAAGUCUCCUGGCAUCCAAUGGGUGGCACUAAGGACUGGGUGCUCUUCACGAAAUAUACCCCAAUCCCUGACAUAUCCUAACCUGGACUUUACCCUCUAUCCUCCCCUGGCCUCUGAUGUGCUACUCUACAGCCAAUGCCCUUUAGCCGAUGGCUGUUUGAAAACAGAGAACAAGAAGCACAAUAGUAUUAAUGGCUAUGGAGGUGCAGUUCCAGCGCAAGAUGUGAUUGAAAGCAUUCAUUUAUUUGGCCCUGAGAAAUGUGAUUAUAACUUGAUUAAAUGGUAGCUGUGUGAACUUACUGGAUAUGUGAGCAACAUGGUCAGAAAAACAAGAAUCAAAAGCACAUGAGGUGUAGGGAAUGCAAAGAAAAGGCAAUACGAGCAGAAUGCACUGCAGAUAAUCCCCAACAACUGACAAAUACAGAAGUUCUAGGAACACAGAGCUUUGCUGCAGUUGUGUAUAAUACACUGCUGAAACAUUGACGG